CAUUAAGGAAUAAAAUGGAGAGAGAGAAAAGGAGAGAUUAAGCGUGCGCGCGCGAGAGGGAAGAGAAAGGUUACGUGAAUCGUCUGAAGAAGAGAGGCCCAUCUCUCUCUACUUAGCUACUCAAGCGGUGGUGUUCAAGAUUCGCCUUCUUCUCCUCUUUUAACAUUGGGGCCUUGCAGCCUCAACAAAGAUCGAGUUCACCAUCAUCUCAAGGGCGGAGAGAUAUGGUGGAGACCGAGAACAUAACCGAUUCGUUGCAGAAUGUGGAGGAUGAAGUUGGGAAAGUGGUGGAGCAGGCGAAGGAGCUGCAUGAUUCGGCUGCUUCUCUAAUCUCUAGAACAGCCACUGACGAACAGGCCCUCCGCCAGAGUGCUCUCUCUCUUGAAUCUUCCAUUCGUCGUCUUCGUUCUUUACUCAAUUCGCUUCUCUCCAAGGAGCUUUUGGAUUCCAAACUUGCUGACAAGCUGGAAGAUGACUUGCAGAGAGCUAGAUGUAUGAUGGUCGAUGGAGAGGUUGCAUCGUUUCUUCCUGGGAAGCCGCAGGGUAAGUUCUUGCAGAUGUUUCUGGGACCUAUUAAUGUGCGUGCCUCACGGAAAGAUGUGCAGUUUAAAGUUAAAGAGGAGUAUAACAGUUACAGAGAUAGGACUGCUCUUCUCUUUCUUUUUUUCCCAUCUCUGCUGCUUGUUCUAAGAGGCUGGGUGUGGGAUGGAUGCUUGCCUACAUUUCCAGUUCAACUGUACCAGGCAUGGCUCCUGUUCCUAUACACUGGAUUGUCUUUGCGUGAAAACAUACUAAGAGUCAAUGGAAGUGAUAUUCGUUCUUGGUGGAUAUACCAUCACUAUUGUGCUAUGAUUACGGCCCUUGUUAGUCUUACGUGGGAGAUCAAAGGACAGCCAAAUUGUGCCCAAAAGCAGAGAGGUGUACAACUCUUCCUACAGUGGGCCAUGAUGCAAGGAGUUGCAAUGCUUUUACAAAAUAGAUAUCAGCGUCAGAGGCUUUAUACUCGGAUUGCUCUUGGAAAGGCUAAGAGAAUGGAUGUCGUUUGGGGAGAAACAGCUGGUGUGGAUGGUCAACUAUUGAUACUGUGUCCUUUACUCUUUAUCUUACAGGGCUUUGAGGCAUAUGUUGGAUUACUUCUCCUCAAGACUGCAUUGGUUGGCGUGGUUCCUGAAUGGCAGGUGUUAUUUUGUGGAUUCCUUCUGGUUGUAAUGGCGGUCGGGAACUUCGCAAAUACAGUGCAAACCUUAAUGGUAAAAUCAAGAUUCAAGGCAAAGAUGAAAAGAAGCAAGAGCAAGCAGGAAUUGGCCCAGACCAGUUCUUAAUGCAUAGGAUUACUUGUAUUAACUUGUAGGAUCUAUUCUUCACCUUUCCAGAUCUUGGAUUUGUUUUGUCAAAGCUGACCUGUGAGAAUUGCCCUUCUCCCCUUUUUUACAUCUUCGUUUUUGACUCUCAAUACAAUUUUAUCAUGUAAAGUUGGUCUUGCAUAGGUUCUUCCCUGGAGAAGUUGAUGGACGUGCUACUAAACGCAAGGCUCAUUUUCCUGUUACCCAUGUAACAUUCUUCUCUUUUCUAUUGCAGUUCAUUGCAAGCUAGUGAGCGAGUUUUUUAAAUUUCCUAUUGUAAUUUCGGUUCGUUAUCUCAUUUAUUUCGUAAGGAAAGCGAUUGUCUGGAUGUUUUCACCAUCUAAGUUUUUGUUUCUUUUCAUUUCUGAUAGGCAUGGCAAAAUGUAAGAAUUGAGUUUUAUCACACUUUUCCUUUUGUGUCCAUGUUCUUCCCCUAUGAUCUUUGUACCUUGAAACUUGUACAUCUUAAUAAACAUUCUGUAGUGUUUUGAAUUAGACA